CGGCCUCCGGCCCCGACUUCCGGGUCGCAGUGUUUGCAGGGAGGGCUCCGCCGUGAGCGUCGUUUCCGUUGCCGGUGUUUGCAGCUGGGGAAACCGAGGCAGCUCCAGCUUCCCCCUAGUUCUUCCGCUCCUGUGAGGAAAACAUGUUUAAUUCUUUGUGGGAGUUCUUCUAUGGGCACUUCUUUCGCUUUUGGAUGAAAUGGGUCUUACGGCAGAUGACUGGAAAGUGUGAAUUGCAGCGAAUUUUUGAUACCUAUGGGGGCGCCCAAAGGACACACAGGAUAGAAAAUUCCUUGACAUACUCCAAAAAUAAGGUACUACAGAAAGCAACACAGGUUGUUGAGAGUGAACUGGAUAAAUGUGUAGAAGACAUAAUGAGGGAAAAGAACAUUAGCUCUGAGAAGGAUGCCAGUUUUAAAGUCUGCAUGAGAACAUGCUUACUGCAGAUAACUGGCUAUAAACAGCUUUACUUGGAUAUAGAAAAUGUGAGGAAGAAACCCUAUGAUUCUGACAAUGCACAGCAUGAAAAACUGCUUCUCAAGCUUUGGAAUCUUCUAAUGCCCACAAAGAAGUUGAAGGCUCGUAUCUCCAAGCAGUGGGCUGACAUUGGUUUCCAGGGUGAUGAUCCCAAAACAGACUUCAGAGGCAUGGGCAUACUAGGAUUAAUCAAUCUUGUGUAUUUCAGUGAAAAUUAUACCAGUGAAGCUCAUCAGAUUCUUUCCCGCUCAAAUCACCCAAAAUUAGGGUAUUCUUAUGCAAUAGUUGGAAUCAAUCUUACAGAGAUGGCUUAUAGUUUACUGAAGAGCGAAGCCUUGAAGCUUCAUCUCUACCACUUUGUUCCUGGGAUACCAACAAUGGAGCACUUCCACCAGUUUUACUGUUAUCUUGUCUACGAAUUUGACAAGUUUUGGUUUGAAGAAGAACCAGAAAGCAUUAUGUACUUCAACCUGUACAGAGAGAAGUUUCAUGAAAAGAUUAAAGGACUCUUAAUGGAUUGCAAUGUGGCACUCACCUUAAAAACAUAGACCAUCCAUAGUAUCUUCUAUUUCUACCACAUUUUGCACACACAACAGAAUUUAUAUGCUGUAAUAGAAAUUAUCUGAUCAACUACACUCAUAUAUAAUUUCCUACGAAAAUACUUCAGAAAUUCUAUUUAAGAAAGCUAGUGGACAAUCAGUGUAUGUUUACAGUUGUUUAUACACUGUUCUCCAAAGGUACCUUAUCCUUCCAAAGAUCCCUUCUGGAGUCACGUGAACUACAGUUUGGAACUUGGGAUUUAGCCCGUUAAUGUAAAAGUAUAAAUCAGAUAUUUAUAGCAAUUGGUUGAUUAAAAUGUG